AUGUCUGAGAAUGGUGAGAAGCCACCUGCUCCCCCAGUGCGGCUGGAGAGCACUAGAGAUACCUCCUUAUCUCAUGAAUACAAGCCACUGCCUAGAGAGCCAGACAGCAAGGAGGACAGGAAAAAACAGAAAACAAACAAAGGUGCAAAAAAUAUGAAACUAAUUAAUGACAAGCCAGUUAUAUCCCACCCCUCCAAUUUUGAACACACUGUGCAUGUUGGCUUUGAUCCUCACACAGGGGAGUUCACGGGUAUGCCAGAGUCAUGGGCCCGGCUCCUGCAGAGUGCAAACAUCUCCAAGUCAGAACAGAAGAAAAACCCACAGGCUGUCCUGGAUGUGCUAAAUUACUAUGACACAUCAUCCAAGGAGAGACAGGAUGAGAAGUUCAUGCUCAAUGUCAACUCCUCAUCAAGUGCAAAUUCAUCCAAGUCCAACCUGUCGGACAAGCUUUCAGCUAUUGUCAUCAUCUCACAGACAAAGCAAGGUUCCAGCCCAACAGUCUCAGGGGAUGGAGAGGAGGAUGAAGAAGAAUCACCGCCACCCCCAAUAGCCGCCCGACCUGACAAAACCAAGUCUAUAUACACAAAACCUCUUGAUCAGGAUGACAAAACAGGUGAUGCAGGUUCAGAUAACAAAGCUGAGAAACCCAAGAAAGCUAAGAUGACCAGUGAAGAAAUCAUGGAAAAACUAAGAACAAUUGUUUCAAUAGGCGAUCCCAACAGAAAGUACACCAAAAUGGAGAAAAUAGGUCAAGGGGCAUCAGGUACAGUUUUUAUUGCAAUAGAAGUGGCUACAGGCAGGGAGGUUGCCAUCAAGACCAUGAAUUUAUCCCAGCAGCCCAAGAAGGAAUUGAUCAUCAAUGAAAUUUUAGUCAUGCGUGAAAACCAGAACCCAAAUAUUGUCAACUACCUGGACAGUUACCUAGUAGGAGAGGAGUUGUGGGUUGUUAUGGAGUUUUUGGCUGGUGGCUCCCUCACGGAUGUUGUGACAGAGACGUGCAUGGAUGAAGGGCAGAUAGCAGCUGUCUGCAGGGAGUGUUUACAAGCUCUGGAGUUCUUGCAUGACAAUCAGGUCAUUCAUCGAGACAUCAAAAGUGAUAACAUCUUACUUGGCAUGGAUGGCAGUGUCAAACUGACUGAUUUUGGUUUCUGUGCUCAACUAUCCCCUGAACAAAGUAAACGAUCGACAAUGGUGGGAACACCUUAUUGGAUGGCACCUGAGGUUGUUACCAGAAAGCAGUAUGGACCUAAAGUGGACAUCUGGAGUUUGGGUAUCAUGGCCAUAGAGAUGAUAGAGGGGGAGCCACCUUAUCUUAAUGAAAAUCCACUGAGGGCUCUGUAUCUAAUUGCCACGAACGGAAAACCAGAGAUCAAGGAAAAGAAUAAACUGUCACCAGUCUUCCAAGACUUCCUGGAUAAAUGUCUGGAUGUGGAUGUUGACAAACGUUCAUCUGCUUCUGAGCUGCUCAAGCACCCCUUUCUCCGCUUAGCCAAGCCACUGGCCAGUUUGGUCCCUCUGAUUAUGGCUGCCAAGGAAGCCCAGAAAAGUGGACACUGA